AAUUUGAGCUGGGAUAGUAUAGUCGACGACUUUGACCAAGAACUAGACUGUAUUCAGAAUAUAUUUAUGCAGAAAUAACACGUUUUCUACCGCCUGCCGUCCUUUGCUCACAACAAAAUCAGAGAUUCAGUUUCGGACGCUUUAAAUAGGAAUCUUCCCAUGAUUCACUGCUUAUUUUCCUUCGCAAUAAGUUGGUCUUCCUUGGCCUGUUUUUGUGAUUCAGCUGCCAUUCUCAUUGCCAUGCCCAUAAUUCCUUCUUAAUUGCCUUACAAGUCUUCCAUUUUUUAUUUUACUUCUGGUGUAUUGUUCUUUUCGAAAGCACGUAAUCGAGCAAGAACUAAACUUCAAAAUAUGUAUUCUUCAUUUCUUCUCCCAUUGGACCUUAGCAUCUGCCCUUCUCCUUCCUAUAUCAUGUCAUGUUUUCCGGUUGAAGAGGCAAGAGAAUUGUGCUGCUCAGCAGUUUCAGCAGUUAUUACUAAACUGUUUUAUGCAAUCUUUAUCUUUAUAUUUGCAGUGGUUGGAGCAACUUUAGGAGCCGUGACUGGAGCUUUUGUUGGGGCAAAAACAAAGAUCGGUUGUCUUCAUGGAGCCGCGGUUGGAGCCAUAAAGGGCAGUUUUUUAACCGUCAAGCUCUUUAAAAUUUCAGUCAUAGUUUGGAGUUCCGAUAACAUGUCGACGAGUUAUCUCCUCCAACUGAUAAACCCAUUCGACUCUAGAUUCAACAAAGUUCCCGAGAAUGAACGGUUGUCAAAGAGUUCGACAGAAAAAAUUCCAAAGAUCAGAAUCACAGAAGAAAACAUAUGGGAUUCAUCCAGGAACAGAAUCUGUUGUUCGAUUUGCCUUCAGGACUUUUUACCGGGAGAAAUAGUUCAUAGCUUGCCACAAUGUCACCAUAUGUUUCAUAUGUCGUGUAUUGGGAAGUGGCAAAUAGGGCAUAAAUCUUGCCCUUUAUGCAGGAGAAAUUUUUAACGCUCAAAGUAGAACUCAGAAAAUUGAGUUCUGCCUCUGCCUCUACUGUUUAGAAAGUCUGUACGCAUUCGUCAACAAAGUUCCCAUUCAUGUACUACAAGAUCAACUACGAAGUUCUAACCAAACAAGACACGUAACCACACCAGAAUUAGACUAGGAAUUCAGAAUUUUUGUGCAUACGCAGUAGCUUCUACGUAAUUAUAAUUUUUUUGUAUGCAUUAUGCCUAUCAAUUAUUACGGUUAAAUUAUACCAUGCAAAUUCUGGUCAACCCCUUUUUUUUUUCACGUGGACUCUUUAGUUUUUCAUACCGUGUAAGUUUCGGUUACCAUCGUCGAUUUCAUUCGCAACCAAUUUCAACGAAUCUUCCACGUAAAUCAAAUGAGACUCUGCCAAAGUUUGGGAGCAGUAAGAUUUCAAAAGAAAUUGGAAAGUGGCAAUCAGCAGCAGAUAAAAACUCAUGAGGAAAACGUUGUGCUACUAGACUUUAGAGGUAGACAUAGGCUAUAAUUCCAACGACUUACUCAACCUCUCGUUUUUUCCCGGCAAUUCAACUCUUAACAGCUUGCUUUGGAUAACAAAACAAUACCCUGAAAAUAAUGUUUUUGGAAAAGCUUCUGGGUUCUCAAAACAAAGAAUACUUUAUGACAAAAAUAAUCACUAGGCAUGACCUUGAUUGAAAGUUGAGUGAAACAUAUGUAGUGCACUGCAUUGGUAGAGAAGCCAUUCACCAAGACUGAUUUCCGUUGAGGCCAUGCACCAGAGGCAAGUGUUUUAGGUGAAACAACCUGUUGGCGACUUAAUUCAAAUGAAAAUUGAUAUCAUGUAAAUAAGCAAAGGGCAGACUUGCUUUAUC